AUGCUUCGCGAGGCGGGUUCUUGGAGCACGAAGCUUGGGCAAACGACAAAUGACCAUCGCGAUGGCACCAAAGUUCUGGGCAAAGAGCGGGUUUUGCAAAAUGGCGGCCAGGAACACAUUUUGGCCAAGAACGGCAUCCCUGCCUUCGUGGACAUCACCGCCAGUGGCGACGAAAACGACGCGACCAAGAACGCCCUCUUGGGUUGGGCGACCAUCCAAGCCGACGACAAGGUGUACAAUGCGACGGUUUUGCAGUUGGCUGGCUACACUGCCGAACAAGGGGCGGUUGCCGUGCCGGUGAUCAUACGCUUCGAGCAAUCUCUGGCCGGUGUCGCCCUCAACGAGUUCAAAGAGAUGGAAGCCACGAUCUUGGAGAUCAAUACUAGUAUAUUGUCAAAUUACGCGUUCCUGUCGGCCCAAUACAACAACGCCACCGUCUCGCCAUCCACGACGAUCUCAAGGGACCAUGUUAAGAAUACGUACCUAUUGCGGUUUGCCUUGUCGUUGCCUACACACGGCGACUCUUCCAUGCCUUACAACGUAGCCGCCAUUUUUUACAGCCUCGAGAAGCGGCAAUUUGUGUGCGACUUUGUGGCAGCCAACGCCUCGUCUAGACUUUCUAUGAAGCUGCACCAUUGUCAAAAGAACCGACUGUUUGGAGUGACUGUAGUCGACACGUGUACAUGGGUGCAGCCAGACGAAGCCUCACCAGUCAACAUCCCCGAUUCGACCUACUACACUGUGUACCACAGCGGCCAAGUAUGGGGCGGUCGUGCCAUGUGCUGGGUCAAAUUCACCUGGCGCUGUGCACUGGGUGUGUACAUCUUGUGGUUGAUGUGGCGCGUCUACUACCGUCACUACGGUCCGUUGGUGCGCAACCUGCGUGCCAUCGGGUUGGACACACAGUGCCACACCUACCAAGUCAAGGAGUACAUUGUCGAUGUGGGGGACCCUAAGUGGCUUAUACUUAGCCAUCCUAUUGUCGUGGUUGGAAUGACUGUCGAUUGUAUUGUCGGGGCUGCGUACCUGGGGGUGGCCACCAUUCGAGUGACACAAGUGACAGACGUCACCGAGUUUGCCGUCGGCUGCUUAUAUGGCUCGCGCACGGUGUGGGCGGCGUACUUAACCAUGCGAUUUAUUACGCCGCUGGUCAAGCGACACUGCUGGGAACGCCAUUUUCAACCUCUCGAUCCGGGGGUGAUGGCAUUGACUGCGUCUUUGUAUGCUGGUCCGUUGGUCUUUAUUGUGUGCAAUUCGCCGCUACUGUUGCUAUUUCAGCCCCUCCUGACCGUAUUCCUGCCCCCAGAGCACCACUACGAUGCUGUGGAUUCUGAACUGGUGACCAUCGGCCUGCUCAUGUUGUUGGCAUCGGUGCCCAUCGUGCGUUCCGUGUGGAUUCCAAAGCUCUUGCGUCAAUAUAGCAUCAAACAAGGGGGGCCAACAACGUUACGAAGCCACGUUGCGUCGAGCCAAUUCAACGAUCUCAAACAGCGCAUUUUGUUUGGACUGUUACGGCGCCCUGUGUGUUCGGUUGACCAAGUGGGGGGAUCGUUGCACUCCCUUUUAGACGAGUGCUGUCGAGUCCAGCGGCUGCCGCUCUUCAGUCCCCGAGGCGCCGACUGCUUUGUCACGUGUGUACCGCCUACUACCAACGACACUACCGUAACGGUCAAGCAAGUUCGAUUGAGUUUGAUCCAUAGCUUGGAUCUGCGCGCGCAUGAUCGGGACGACAUCGCAACGUCGUCGAUCAAAAUAUGCGACAAAGCGCCGUGUGUUUACUGUCGUGGCUGCCUGCAUUGUGAACUGUUCGCCUUGUGCGACAAAGUAUCGGGCCAAGUGGAACCGAUGCGUUCACGUUGGCGCGUCCAAGUGCCAAUGGAUGAUGUGAUAAUCUACAAAACACAAGCCGUGCAGGCUGCAGCUUUGGAUGGGCUGCUCCCAACUUCCUUGUUUGACAAGCCAGUCAGCUCCAGUGGUCGUUCAUCAGUAGUCGCCGACCACUUUAUCAUUUAUCCCAACAAGAAGAUGAGUAUGUAG